AUGAACUCGUUUCACUUUUUCGCCGCUUUUUUUCUAUUUUCUGCUGUUUACGCUCAAAAUAUCGAUGUGAGAUUGAGCUUUUCGAGGGAAAGAGGUUAACUUUUUUCUUGGUAUUCGUGAAGAAUUUUUUUUUUUUCUUUGAUUUGAAGUUAUUGAUCUUUCUGAUAAAUAUUUGAAAGUCUUAAAGCCCACAACUUUUUAAUUUUCAAGAAAAAUAUGGCUCAAAAUGACCCAUUUUGACUGAUUUUUGUGUGUUUUACUGACUUUUUCUUCUCCGAUUUUUCCAAAACUCGAAAUUCUGAGAAAUUAAAAACUCUCUGGAUGUUUUUCUAGUGUGUCAAAGAGAAAUUAAGCAGACUUUCAGAAAAUUCCAGAGUAAAAAAAUAUAUAUAUAAUCUUCCUCGUGGAGGAAAAACGUUUCGACAAGGAAUGUCAAAUUUGUUUUAAUUUUUUUGGAUUUUAAUGAAAUUUGGCCCUAAUACUCUUUGAUGUACUAGAAGAAAAUUCUGACAGCCUCAACCUUAAAAAAUUCCUAGUUUUCAAGAAAUAAGGGCCAAAAAAGCGAUUUUGACUGAAUUUGAGCGAUUUAAUGGAAGUCUCUUUUCAAAAACUAGAAAAUUUUAGAGGUUGAGACUUUCAAAAUCUUAAUUUAGUAUAUCAAAUGUGUUCAUUUGGUACAUCAAAGUGAUAUCAAGGUACAUCAAAAGACUUUUUGACGAUUCCAGAAUAAAAUUUAAACAACUCCUUGUUGGAAAAAAAAAUCCAAAAAAGAACAUUUUCAACCAAAAUCUAUAAAUUAAGAUGAAGCUGCGAUCGAAAAAGUGUCAAAAGUGGUCAAGCGGAUCAACUCGGACAAUCGUUUCGCCGAGGCAAAGCUUCAUGAAAUCGACUGCUCCAAUGAUCCUUCAUCCGAGGAGUGCAAAUCGAUCGAUGGCUUUCAUUUGAGCAUUUCCAGGUUUUUUUCAAAUCCUCAAACCCUGGGAAAAUUCGGCUUCGACUAGUAAAUUUAAAAAAAAGCUAUAACAAGACUCGUAACAAAAAAAUCAUCAAAAAUUGAAGUAAAAUAUAACUUAAAACUCGAUCGGAAAACUGUAAAGUCAUGUAAAACUCAAAAUAGGGCCUGAUGUAGUUUUUGGACAUAAAAAUUAGAAUAAAGCUCCUUACAAGGGAGGUCAUUUUACUUUUCCCUGAAAACUGGUCAGAACAAUUUUUAAUGUACCAUAUGAAGAUCCUGAAAUUCUCAACUUCCACAACUUCUUAUUUCUUGAGAAAGGACACCUCUAAAAAUCUGAAAAUCCGUUAAAACAAGCCAUUUUGAGGCUUUGAGCUCUUAUUUCUUGAAAACUAGAAAUUUGCGCAGGUUGAAAUUUAUAGAAUCUUUUUCUGGUACACCAAAGAGUGUUCUGGCCAAUUUUCAGGGGAAUCCCAAAGUAAAACGACCUCCUUGUUCUGAAAUCAAAAUUGUCUCUGACUCUCCAAAAUCCAGUUAUCUUUCUCGCUCUCUGACGGCUAUUUUGAAUUUCGCGAAUUAGGAAAAUUGCUUUUUUCAUUUCGAAAAGUCAGAAAUCGAUGAAUGAAACGUAAAUGGAGAGUUCAUCGACUUAUUUUGAUAUUUUGAUGCAAAAACUUCAAAUUUCUGCCCAAAUUAAAUCGGAAUGCUAACCAUGGUAAGAAAUGUGGAGCCCAUUAAUGUAAAAAAUUGUAAUCGUUUGUUUUUCAAAAAGUUUGAGUCUUUAAAAAGCUGAAAAGUGAUUUAUAGCCUCUAAUCAGUCAUUUGAAGGAUUUUAAGAAACAUUAGCACCAACCAGAACCUAAAAAACUAGUAAAAGAGGAAGAAAGACGCCGAAGAAACGAGAAGAAGAAGGAAAAUGAGGAACAGAAUCUCAUAUAUCUUCGAGAUGUAUCCCCAUCUUUGCAGCCGCCGUCUUAUGAAGAAAAAUGUCUCCGAAAUUCCAGUGUUUCUUUCUUUCAGCUCCGACGCCCCGACGUUGAAAGUACAAAGGAAUGUUCCGCAGAAGAAUUUGCAUGAGUUGAGCGACGUCGCCACGGAGUAAGCACCCUCGAGGGCCGUUUUGACGUGAAUUUAGGCUGUUGUACGAGUUUGUGGACGGCUAUUUCUCCCAUUUCGCUUUGGAAUCGACCAGCAAAAUUGGUGAGACUGCGAAAAUCUUUAGUGGCCACUAUAGAGGCUCGCCAAGAACUACUUGGAGGGGACACUAAAGUGGCCACUAAACCCACCUCUAUAGUGGCCACUAUUUUCCGUUUUAGUGGCCACUUCAGUAGUUUUUCAUCCAGUAUUCCUUCCAGUAACUCUGAUAAUUUUAAAACAAACAGAUUGGACCAGUUAUGUUGAUCCAUUGACCCCUAAAGUGGCCACUAAAAUGUUUAGUGGUCUAGUAGUAGCACUUAGACCUCUAUAGUGGCCACUAAUUUUUAACCCCUUAAGUGGCCACUAAUUUGACUACUAUAGUGGCCACUAAAAAAUUUCCCAGAGGGUUCAAAGAACUCGCGAAAAAGUUUAAACAAGAGGGAGAAGAUUUUAAAGAACAUAAAUUUCAUGUGAAAAAACUCCUGAAGGUUUUCGAGAAAAUGCAGAACAAUAAGUUACUUAGGAACGCCAUAGUGGGCCCUAGAGGGGCCAUAGAAGGCAAAAUAGUGCUCACUACAGGGGUGAAGUUUAAGUGAUUCCUAUAGGGUAUUUUUUUUUCUUCGGAUUUGAAAACUAAAAAGACGUAUAGGAAACAGUAGCAUGCUCCUCUAUAGUGGCCACUUUUUCAAGCUUUGGUGCUUCCGGGAAAGUGAAGUGGUCCCUAGAGGGGAAUUUUUCAAGUGACCUGACUAGUAAGGGACCUCUCUAGGGUUCCUAAGUUUAUUUUCGACAUUAUUUUAAGCCUAUUUUUAACGAUUUUUCAUAAGAACAUUUAUUAGAGGAAGGAUAAUUGUGGAAUUUUACAAAAAUGCUCGAAAAAAAUAUUUGAAAGUUUGGUUUUUUUAAAGUCCCUGGUUAGCAUUUUAUGCAAAUUUUUCACAAUAAUUUUCAAAAAUGUACUCAUAAAGACCUGGAAAUUCCAAUUUGAACUUUAGAUAAGGAAAAAAAUUCGAAAAAGGACGCCAAAUUUUGGGAAGAAUUCGAGCUGAAAACUUCAAAAGACCUUGACCAAGUGAUCUCUUCCGGGAAAUCGACCUAUUCUUUUGUUCUUUUCUACUUUCCUGGUUAGUUUCCUUGAAGAAAUCUUCAGAAUGACAAUGAAAAAUCGUUCCAGAAGACUUUGAGAACUACGAGGCCGUGGUUCACUUCGCAGACGCCUUGAGAAGGACCAAAGCCAGUGGGGGGCUCAUAAAUUGUCACAAGUCCGUUCCAACAUUUCCCUGGCUUAAAAUGUUCCAUUUUUUCUCAAGGAACGAGGAAAUUUGCAAGGAAUACAACGUUCUGGACGGAGGAUUUUCCGCUUCUCUUAUAGCCUACCACAACGAGAAUCCGUACAAGAACUUCGAAGGAACUUUUGACGGAGAUAAUGUUCGGGAUUGGAUUUUGACGUGAGGAUUAUUUUGAAAAUGUUCAAAGCAGGGAAAAUUAUAGGAUUCAACAGCCGGACAUUGCAAAAAUGACCGAAGACUUGGUGCCUUUGUAUCGAAGUGGAAUUAUACCAGGUUAUUAUCUUUUUGACAUUCAAGGCGAGAAAAAAAAAAAAAAAUGGAAAAACCAAUCAAACUAAAAAGCAUGUGAUAACUAUUCUACAGAAACAACAUCGCAAAAAAUAAUUUUACAAUAGAAAUUUUUUUCAAAUUUUGAAGCUUGUUCAAAUGAAAAAGUCUCUGAUUGAUUUAAAGCCCUUAUUGGACAAUUUUUCUGACAAAGUACUGGAAAAAUUUAAAUUUGAUUUUUUUCUCUAAAAACACAAAAAAACAAAAAUAAUGAAAAAUUUCAUUCGGACCCUUUUAAAAAUCGCCGGAGUGGUCCCAAUAGUGGUUAAAAAAAUGUCCCAUAUAAGGAUAAAAUUUAGAUGAACUCUUAUAGUCAAUGUUUUCCGACUUGAAAGGCGAAGGAGGCGGGGCAAAGGGCGGGACGCGUAGCGUGUGCGUACGCGGUUCUUGGCGCCAGUUCAGUUCAAUCGCCGCUGACUGUUUAAAAAGCUCGGCAACCGCUCUUUUUGUAUUUUCUUCUAUUUUUUUGAUGCACACAUGAACAUAAUCAAUAAAUAAUGAAAAAGUGAAAAAGAGCGAUGAAUAAGCUCUCUGAAUGCUCGCUAGCGGUUGAAUUGAACACGUGCCAAGAACCGCGUACGCACACGCUACGCGUCCCGCCCCUUGCCACGCCUCCCUCGCCUUUCAAGUCGGGAAAAAUUGACGAUAUAGGGGUUUAGGGGCUCAUCACCAAGCCUCUAAAGUUUAAUUGGCCCUAAAGAGGAACCUUCAAAAAACCUUCAAAAGGCCCGUCCAUCAAAGAUUGUUUGAGCAAAUUUAUGAAAAAUUCUGAACCCUACGCUAAAAUGACCUCCCAUGUAAGCUUGCCUCUAUAAAGACUACUCUGGAACUCCUAAAGUUAGAUUCGACAAAAAAAUGUCGCGAAACAGAUAUAUUCGGAUUUUCCUGGUGUUUACCCUUUUCUGUCCUAAUAAAUAGCAUUUAAUUCAAAUUAAGGCUUCGAGGAAUCGCGCUCCACCGUAAACCUGCUAUUCGUGGCGAAAAAGCGUACGGCGGUCUACACAAACUUCAAAAAAUUCGCCAAGGAAAACCAUGGAAGAUUUCAUUUUGGUGCAAUGGUUCAUGAAGACGUACUGAAAUGGUACUUUUCAAAGUUGAAAAAUAACAUAAUCAAAAAUUUCAGGGCACAUAACCCGGCUUUCGUGACGAUGAAGCCUCUGGAAGAAUAUAUUCAAGCUUUCACACUUUAUGACGACCUCAGUUACGAUCGAAUGGUGGAAUAUUUGGAGGAGAGUAUUCGUCCUUCCGUGGUUCGAACUACAAAAAUUACCUUCGAAACUACAAUUUCAAGCACAAAAUCGAAACGGCGAAGAAUCUAAAGUUCGCCUUGAGUGGGGAAAAGCCUCUCAUUGUGUUCGUCGACCCAACGGCCACGAGGAAUUCCACCAAUUUCCGAUGGACCGCUGGAAAUCAACUUCUGAGCAGGAGAAUAGCUUAUUUCGCCGUUUCUCGGGGGUCAGUCUAUUAAUUUAUCUGUCAGAAAAGUGCUCAGAAUCUUUUAUUUUUGUGUAUUCAAUUGAAAAUAUGGAUUCUGUUUUUGAAACCCUGGAAUUUUUUUGAAGAUUCGAAAGCCUUUGAUGGUCCCAAAUAGUACUGAAAAAAGCUCGACAUUUUAAAAAUUUGUAAAUUUUUCAUGCUGCGACAAGAGCGAGUUUUCUUUUCCCGAAGAUUACGGUAUGUGAAAAGUCCGCAUUUGGCGUGUACACUCUGCGUGUUUGCACACAUUAAGUAGUGCCAUUUCCGUAUUUUUUUCCAGUUUGUUCUGAAUUUUUCUCAAAAUGGAUUUCAACCACUGAAAAAAAUUCGAUUUACAUCAAUUUUUCAUUCUGACUUUCUAUAAAAAACAAAAAAAUUUUAUCUCAAAUACGAAAAACGCGGAGACGGUACCCUCAAACUGUGCAAACACGCUAAAUGCGGAAUUUCUCACACCGUACCCUCCGGAAAAGGGAAAUUUGCUUUCUUUAUAGCUGCGAUUUUGCAAAAAAUCCAAUGAAUAUAUUCUUAAAAAAACUAUUAUUUUUUAGAUUUGAUCUCUUUGGAAUGUACUGGACCCAAAAGCUUGCUGACCGAUCAAAACCAUUUUACAUUUCAAUAAAGACUGAGGUUUCAUUAGCAUUUUCAAAGAACUUUCAUAUUUGCCCUCAUUUUAGGGCUCCGACUAUUGCCUACACCGAAAAUCGAUAGCUAACGAGGACGAAAAUCAAAUUCUGCACUGGAUCAAGUCGCUAAAGGACGAGGGCUGUGAAGGUUUUUUUUAAAUUUUUUCAAGAUUAUCCUUAUGACGCCUUGAUUAUAGAGCUAAUCCCUCGAUUAAAGCUGCCACUUGACGCGUUGGAGCUGCGGGAGCGGAAAGAAGAAACCGAGAAAAUUGUGAAGGAAAUGCUGGAAAAAACAAAUAAACACGAGGAGCUGUGA